UAAAUGUAAAAGGGUUCCCCGGGCUCGGACAGAGCAACACUCUCUUCCAGUUCAUGAAUCGUAUUGUAAUCGCCAUAUGGGCAUUGGUCCUGAUACUUUCAGAAGUUGGAUGGCCGAGGAGAAUUUUCAUGUGGUUCCCAAUGUUAGAUGAAACUCAUAGUUGGGCUUGCUUCGGCCUAUUACAAAUGAUAAUAGGAUCAUUAAUUCUUGGCUAUGAUAGCGGAAUAAACAGCAUCGACUUCUUGGGCUACAGUACCCGGCUGGUUCGUGUUCGUAAUUGGAAUAAUCUAUGUGUUCCUUGGAUUAUUCGGAGGCAUUUCGCUAAAGGCGGAUCGCCGGAUUACCAUGAGUUCGGAAAAAUCACCUCCCCCGUCUUACACUUAAACGUAAAAGGAUUCCCUGGACUCGGACAGAGCAACAUUUUCUUUCAAUUCGUGAACCGUAUCGUAAUCGUCAUAUGGGCAUUUGUUCUAAUACUUUCCGAGAUCGGAUGGCCAAAGAGGAUUCACAAGUGGUUUCCGAUACUAGAUGAUUCUCAUGGCUGGGUCUGCUUUGGCCUAUUACAAAUUAUAAUGGGAUCAUUGAUCCUUGGGCAUGACAGUGGCAUCAACAGCAUCGAUUUUUUGGGCUACGGCCUACACGUUUUCAUCGUAGUACCUGGUUGGUUUGUAUUUGUGAUCGGAAUAAUCUAUGUGCUCCUUGGAUCAUUUGGAGGUGCUUCGCUGAAGGCAGAUCGUCGGAUUGUUUAA